AUGACAACAACAACCAUACUCAUUCUCCUCAUCCUACCUCUUCUUCCUCUACCUCCGUCUAUUCUUCUGCCUAUUCUUCUCCUUCGUCAUCUUCUUCUCCAUCUCCUUCCCGUCGCCCCACUCGUUGUCACCAGACUGGCAGGGUGAGCGCGCUCACUCUGGCAGCCUGGAAUGUUCGUUCCCUUUUAGACAAUCCGAGGAGCAACCGACCGGAGACCCGUUUCUCCGAACAAGGCCAACUGGAGGAGGUGGGUGCCGGCUAACCUUCUUCUGGAGCGGUCGACCCAGAACAGAGCGACGGGACGCGGGCGUCGCCUUCGCCAUUCGGAACGACAUAUCGGGACCACUGCCCUGUUUGCCGCAGGGCAUCAACGAUCGCCUGAUGAGCCUCCGCCUGCCUCUCUGGGGAGGCAAAUUCGCCACCAUCAUCAGCGCCUACGCUCCGACGAUGACCAACCUCGACGCCGUCUGA